AUGGCGUCCUUCUCCCCUAUCCAAGAGACAGUCGAAUCAACCAUCCUGGCCCCAAUUGACACCGAUCUCGCUUCACUGAACGAGGUUGCCGCCUCUGAAAACGCCCUCUCUGCCUCGAUCAUGUCUCUCGAUAAACUCCAAGACCAAGGCUGUUCCCGCCACCGCUCCCUUCGUCAACCUGUCUCCCCCUACCUGGACUUCCUCAAUGAUCAACUUGAGAAGAUGAGCCCCGUCGAGGUCCUUCGCUUCGUCAAGAUCCUCUUCCCCAACGUCUACCAAUCCACCGCCUUUGGCUUGACUGGUCUCGUCACCAUUGACAUGCUGUCCAAGAUUCAAAAGGACUGGCCUGAAUCUCCCAAGGUCGACCUUAUCUUCCUCGAUACUCUCUACCACUUCCAAGAGACGUACGAUCUCGUCAACCGUGUCCAGGAACAAUAUCCCGAGCUGAAGGUCCACGUCUUCAAGCCCUACGGCGCCGAGAGCACCCAAGAGUUUGAAGACAUAUAUGGCGAGAAGCUCUACGACCGUGAGUCCGAGCUGUAUGAUGUGACGGCCAAGGUUGAGCCUCUCCAGCGUGCCUACACCGAGCUUGGCGUCAAGGCCAUCUUGACUGGUCGUCGCCGGUCCCAGGGCGGUGGUCGCCAGAAGAUCCCCGUCAUCGAGCUUGACGAGGAGAACAACAUUAUCAAGAUCAACCCUCUCGUCACCUGGUCCUUCAGCCAAGUCCACCAAUAUAUCAAGGAGAACAACGUCCCAUACAACGCCCUUCUCGAUCAAGGCUACAAGUCCAUUGGCGAUUGGCAUUCCACAAGCCCCGUCGGCGAAGGAGAAGAUGAACGCGCCGGUCGCUGGAAGGGCCAAGCCAAGACCGAGUGCGGCAUCCACAACAAGAAGUCGCGAUACGCUCAGUACCUCGAGGAGAUGGAGAGGAACACGAGUCAGCCCGUCUUGGCUGUCGUGAGGCAGGAGGCCUGGGAUCUCUUGCCCCUCACUUGGGGUGCGGGUUUCGUCGGCUACUCUCCUCGCACUGUUCAUCUUUUGGAUGUCUGGGUUCCCCCACCUCCGCCUUCUUUCAAUGAAAAGAAAGCCAAAAUCAUGGCGCAGCUUCAGCUGCCACCCGACGAGUACACAGACUUGUCCCCUAAGGGCUCUGUUGACGAGGCCCUAGUUGACGUUAUCGACGAGGUCAACGCUGUGGAAGGCUUCGUCACAACGAGUAGCUGCGCGGGUCGGGCUAGCGUCUUCCUCGAGGGCAGCAGGGUGGCACCCGCGGCGGGAAGCGGGGAAAGUGAGGUAGCCGAGAAGGUAGACUGGGAAACUGCAUUCGGCCUGGUCAAGGACGGAUCAGAGCCCGCGCAUGACCGGGGAUCUGACGACGGGGAGAAGAGGUUCAUCCACUUCAAAUUCGAGCCAAUGAUCCUCCACGUUCUUACAGCAUCUCUUGAGCAUGCCCAGGCCCUCCUCCGCUGCGCACAACAGGCUGGGUUUCGGGAGAGUGGCGUUAUCAACGUAACUGCGGGGGCCGGUGAGCCAGACAUCAUUCCGAUUGUCGCUAUCCGCACAAUGGGCUUAGGUUUCGAGUCGCUCAUAGGGUUCCAGCAGAAUGGAAAACGGCAGCCCAUGGUAGAGACGCCAUACCUGGAGACUCUUGUAGAGCUAUCUAAUACUCGGUUCGUGGAGAACAAGAAACGGAUAGAAAGGUUCCGUGUCGGAUUUCAAAACCUCAUCUCGAAUCGUAAGCUAGGUGGCCAAAAGAAGCCGGAAGGGUGGGAGGACGCCGAGGCGCGUCGGGCCCGGAAGAGAGCCGAGGGCCUCAAACGGCGGGAAGAGCUCAAAGCAGAGGGAGCCCGCAACGUAGAGGGGCAACCGGAUGAUACCGAGGGUGCUACAUCCUUCCUCACAGAUUUAGAGCUUCCACGCGAGGACGCGUGA